AUGUCGGUUGAUCAUAGGGAUGCGUUACUAUGGCCCCAAAAUGACACUUUUAGCAAGGAGGAUUAUUCGGUCGCUCGCGCCUUUUUGGAUAGCUCCAAUGUGGAUGGUAAUUGCAAAGCGGAGUCACACAUGGGAUGCUGGGCUGGGUCCACUCCCGUUAAGGAUUCGUCACCUAGCUCCACUGAACCUACGUCUAUGUUGAGCGAUAAAAGUAGUUGCCGUGGAACUGUUGAAACGAAGAAUUCUGAGAAUACUUGUUUUUCUACUGAUACCGGUGACACGGAGCAUCCAACUAGCGAGGGAUCUCUGUCACCGUUGCCUCCGUCGUCCCAAUAUCUCAUUGAGACAACGAACUCGCUAUCAUGUUCCUUGCAAAACGCCCCAUCGGAUUUAAAUACACUGAACUCAGGGCGUGAGGUAUCGAACCAUUCAGGUGUUGUUGUGUCACGUAGUCGAGCGCCUCAACUGCCUCUUAAGGAGCAGUUUUCGCAGGAAUUUCCUGUUAUCAGUUCGAAUGAGUACAAACCUGCAUCUGCUGCCAACGAUCGUCCUCCUUUCCUCGAUUCUCAUUCUAGCUACUACAAUGGUUCUGCAUCAAAUCGAAUGGGUUUUUCCAACGUGGAGCGAUCAUCCUAUCACAUUCAUUCGCAACAUGGAUGCAACACGUGUCCUGAUUGUUAUCCUGACUCCAGGAAAUUCUCUACUCCCUCUCUUCUCUCGGAUGUUCUAGGACUUCAAAAAUUUCCUAAUUCUUACCAAUCGACUUACUCAUCAAGUCCUUAUUGUUGGAAAUCGAGCUGCCGAUCACCCGGGCUUCCAACCUGCUCUCAGGAGAGUCUGGAGGUGAGGAGACGCUUCGCUUUGCAACAAAUGUAUCAGAGUGCUCAAGCAAACCGGCGGUUACCCCGAUCAGCUGCUCGAGAGUUCUAUCAACAAGCACAGGAUCGCGCGCGACAGUCGCAUUAUCCUUACUUGGAUCCAUAUACUCAUUUUCGUGGCUCGUUGUCUGAGUAUACGGAGUCGAAAAAGUAUGCAGAUUAUUCCACUGGUGGUGGUAGGCUUCCAUACUCCGGUUACACU